ACGGCCCUCUCAGCUCCGUCUCCAUGAAAAUAUAUUUUUUUAAUGAUUGCGAAAGAGGAAAUUUUCAUAGAAAGAAAUUUUCUUCGACAAAGAGCCCUCAUUUGAAAAUCUAAGGUCAAACUGCGAGGACUGAUAAUAAACUGGGAUUUGUGAUUGCACACCUAAUUUUUUCGACACGUGCACACAAAAGCUUUUGUGAGAUAAAAUUUUUGCCCUUCUCUUAAAAAUUAAUCUGGAAAAAACGUUUUUUUUCUAAUACCUACAACAAUUUUAUUUUAUUUUUGUUGGGCUGGAAAAAAGGCAGUUAAGCAUCAGCGAUAAAAUGUGUUCUUUAGAUGAAACAAAUGCCGUUAAAAGUCUGGCGAAUGGAAGAUAUACGCUCGUAGGCGUAGAUAUCGACACAACCGGCAAAAGGCUUAUCGAUGAGAUUGUCCAGUUAGCAGCUUACACGCCAAAUUCACACUUUGAGCAAUAUAUUAUGCCGUACAUGAAUCUUAAUCCAGCUGCAACAAACCGUCAUCAAGUGCGGGUGAUUACAAUCGGAUUUUAUCGUAUGCUGAAGUCAUUGCAAACUUUCAAGGUUAUUAAAUCAAAAUCAGAGGUUGCAGCUUUAAAAGACUUCCUUAACUGGCUGGAAAUGUUGAACAAAAAUAAUCCAGACUCUGAUGGCAUAAUUAUGAUCUAUCACGAAGAAAGAAAAUUCAUUCCGUACAUGAUUCUAGAGUCACUAAAAAAAUACGAUCUCCUGGAGAGAUUCCAGAAAACGGUAAAGGCAUUUGCAAAUGGCUUUAAUUUAGCCAAAACAAAUGUCACCAUAGCAAAUGAAGCCGGCAGUCCAAUACAGUAUUUGAGUUUGAAAAAACUCACAAAAGCCCUCUCAGGAGCUGGUGAUAAAAACAACAACAAUGAGGAUCAAGUCAGCUCCACUUCUUCGCCAAAGGCAGAUAAUUCAGGCGAAUCAACUGUUUCACCAAAAACAGAAAAUAAAAAACAGCGUAGGAAUCGUCGCCGAUCGAACAGUGAAUCGGAUAUAUUCGAUGGAAGCGCCAGUAUUCGUGCCAAGAUGACUUAUAAUGUCGCACUUCGUCUAACAAACAACCAUAAUAACAAUGGAAAAGCCUCAGAAGCUGAAAACAUGCAUGACAUUAUCACACAGUAUGCACAACCUAUCUCCUGUGAUCUGGACGAAUUGGAAAGUCAAAAUUUGAUGCUAGAACGUCAGAAUUCCUUCCGUCCGGUGUUUUUAAACUAUUUCAAGGCAACACUUCAGCACCGUUUGCGUGCGGUCAAGUAUCGCAUCAUUUUGGCUGAAAAUGGUCAUGACUUGAAUAGUUUGAAUACAAUUUGGACAGAAAAACAGAAAGAAGGUCUCGCAGAAGUCAUUCAAGCCAUUGAGGACUUGAAACAAGAGGACAAGACAGAUCUGAUUGAUUUGUUUGAUAGUUUUUAUGAUCCAGCAAAAACAACAAUCAAACCCUUGGUAAAAAAUAACCGUAGAACUUCAAGGCGAUCGGGUCGCAAUAAGGAAAAUCAAGCUGGUGGUGACUCCAACCAUGGUUCUGGUAACAAUAAGGCACAGCCUGACUCCACAACAAAAGAUGGUUCUUCGCGAAAAGCCCCUCGAUCACGCAGGCGUCCACGUUCGCGUAACAAUACAAAUGCCAACAAUAAUUUAAACGUAGCAAACACGCCGACUUCUCUUUCAUCUGCAGACACACUCAUCUAUACGCCAGUUGCUGCAGUUGUUCCAGAAAUCGCCAAGGUGCCUUUGGUUUCUAAUUUGUAAACAAAUAAGACUCAGUGAAUUCAUUGUUAAAGAAUUCAACUGACUAAAACGUGCCUUUAGCAAACACAGAAACACUAAGUAGGAUAAAACAAAAACACAUUUUUUUACACAGCACAAAGAUGUUGCAUUUAUUGCCAACAUAUCGAUUACAGAUUUUACAUACUUUGAUAGUAUUUUUACUAUAACCAUGGAGUUCUUUAAACAAUAUUACAAAAUAACUUUUUUUUUUCAAAAAUCUUCUUUCAAACGCAGAGAAUAUAAGAAAACAAAACUGAAGUGGAAAAUUUAAACUAAAAACAUGAAUUUGAUGGACUAAUCAAAUUCAAACAGAUAAACUUAUCACCCACUUAUGGAAUUGUUUCAAAUCGUCGUCGUCAUCGUAGUUAAUGAAAUUUUCAAUUGUUUAUUUGUAACUUUCGGAUAAACCAUAAAUUAUUCUAUGUGGAAACGAAAGAAGAUCCAUAAAACAAGAAAAAAAAUAUACAAAAAUGAAGAAAAGAAAAAUAACAAACAACAACAAAAAAAAUAAUGAAUUAAAAAAACGUUAUGAUGCAGUUUUAGUUUGACUUAGCAGCUAAAAUUUCAUUUGGAAAACUGCCUUCGAAGUAUGGUUCUAUGAGUUUCUAUUUUUUUGUUUGUCCUUCUAGUGUCCAGUCUAGUGGGCAUUGGAUUAUUGAAUUAUUGAAUAAUUAACCUUUUUGUAGCAAAAAAAAAUGCCUUAUUAAUGAAUUAUAAACAAAAAUAUUAUUUUUGUUGGAAAAUAUUAGAAUACAUGCCACAAAUGGUAAAUAGUAAAACUUAAAAAUAAGUAUAGCUCACGCGCAUAGAACCAACUAGUAGUCUGGCAAUAUUAAUAUUAUUGAUUUAAAAAAACUAGCAUAACUAUCAUAUUCUUACAUCUCUUACUGUUGAUCGAUGUAAUUUGAGUUAUUAUAAUCUUUUAUUUUUUUUUUUGAAUAGUGCAAUUAAUGCAAAUAUGCAUUUGCUUUCCAUUGUUAUCAAUUAAAAAAAUGUUUUUUUUUUCUUUAUAUACACACAUAUAUAAUAUAUAUAAUAUAUUUUGUUUAGAAAUAAUAAAUUGUUGAAUUGAGUCUAA